GCUGCUGUCCUCCUCUCUGUUGUCAUGCUUCGCGUCCAAAUUUUCCCUGACUCCUUUGGAUACUAACUUUUAGUGCAACGUUGGGAUUGACUGCAAUCUAAAUCCACUGAAACCCCAGCAGUGGAUCACUUUAUUGUAAGCCACUUGCUGCAAUGAAGCUGACAGACGCUUGCCGUCGGCUGUAUAAGCGUUCAACUAUUAAUUUUCCUUACAUGGACCAUUACAAAUAUGAUUAUUAUCGUGAGCCCGUGCUUAAAGAAAAAGUUUCGGGAAGAGGCGAGAAGGAACCACGGGCUGUUUGCGUUGAGGAAAUGACCAUGAUGUUGAGCUGUUUAAAAAACAAUGAUUUCGACCAGAAACCGUGCACGCAACUGAUUGAAGCAUUUCAAUCCUGUGUCACAUUAGCAGAGCAAAGGAGGGCCAAAAUCAAAGAACUGAAAAAGAGUGGUGUUUUCGAAAACGCAGAUGAUGUCAUGGAUUCCCCCAGGAAACGUCUUCCCGCUGCCCACGUAAUCAAACUGCUAAAGCGCUUUCCCGAACCGAAAUAGAAUUAACGCUCCCUCUCCUGUAUACAUAUAUUGUUCUUUUUUGGUUGCUUUAAUUUCAUACCCGUGAAAAUGGUUGGUAGGAUCAAUUUUGCACCAUACAAGUAUGGUUUUUUACAGUGACUGAUCUUAUUUUUUGGUUUGCUCAUGAACGUGGAGUGGGAAUAUGUAAAUCUGUGCUGCCCCAUCGAAAUUUUAUCUGCUAUACACGUGGAACAAUGUUAAUUCCCACGCUUUUUCGACACGUUCCAGCUGUACAAUGUCCUGUGCAGAUGCGGACUGUUUUCUAAACCUAAGAUCGGUAAACUGA